UGUCAAAUUUUUUCAAAUGAUAAUAAUGAAAACGUGCACAUUGUUUAUUCACCGAAUGAAAAAUCUUUUCCUAACACAAAAACAUUAUCACAUUCUAAUCUAUUGAAAUCACAAAAAUAGUGUUUAUGUUAUACCCAGCCUACCAAGGCUUCAAACUCCAAAGAUUUAUUUGCUUCAUUCAAAAUAUCUGAAAUGGAAACAUUAUCUAAAUCCCAGUGUAAUAUUUCAUCAAAAAGAAAACUUUUUGAUGAUUUUCAAGAAGCAUUAGAAUUGAAUGAUUUUUCUGAAAAAUCAUGUUUUAAACAACACAAUCCUGACGAUUUCUCAUCUGCUCUUACUUUGAAAACAUCAUCUUCUACUGCUUCAAAUCAAGGCCUUACGCUAAGUAACGGUAAAACUGGUAUUGAACCUACAAUGUCAUUAGCUGAGUUUCAAAAAUAUGUGGUGAAUACAUUGUCUACUAUAAAAUAUGACUUAAAUUUUUGUGUAUCUACUAAUCAACAAAUUAACGCUAACAUGAAUGGAUACAUGUCAAUUGAUCGAAAACAAUUGAUCGCAUGA